GGUUCGCGCCGCGAGAGGCUGGGCCGGGACCGCGGGGCUUGAGGUCUGGGUGGGGCGCGGGUCCCACAACCGUCCCGAAUCCGCACCCCCCCGGCUGCAGUCUGGAAGCAGGAAGAGGACGCAGGAGCCCCCGGGGGAGCACAACAGACAGUGCGCCAGGCCGAGGAGCGCCGGGGCCUUGGGCAGGGUCGGGGGGAAGCUGGUGCUGCCAGUUCCCGUGUCUGAGCAGCGGAGCCCUGCGUGGAUGCUUCCUCCACGUGUUCCUUUUCGCACUUGCUGGCUCUUCCCGCAGGGCGGCAGUGGCGGUCUGUGCGAGCUCAGGGGCCUGUCCUGGAAAGAAAGCCAGCGGCGGACGGUGACUAGGGAUGCUGGCAGAUCGCGUUCCUGCGGGGCUUCGGUUUCAUCGUGAGGAGCUUAGGAUGAGAUCUAAGGUCUCAUCGGUCGACGUCCUUUGAGCACUGAGCUACAGAGAAGGUGCUUCUGGAAGAGGUUGCGGCCCCCUUUGAGGGACCCCGAAGCCUGGCAUGAUUUGAGGAUUUAAAGAUUGACUCCCACUGUGGGCACGGACCUAUAAUUCCUGUUGUGACAAGAGAGUGGGAUUUGCUUUUCUCACUUCGAAAAGCAGGUCAUUAAGGUUGGGCCCUGACUUCUCUUUGUCCACAGAGAUGGAAACCUUAAAAUCUGAGAAUAAAAAGAGGGUCCUUCCAUCAUGGAUGACAGCUCAGGUGACCAAGAAGAGAGUGGCACCAGUGAAGGCCCCAAAGAGGAGGAGAAUGGCAGCAGAGGCGGUAGCAGCAGCAAGGCCCCCUGCAGUGAAGACCGUGUACUGCCUGAAUGAAGCUGAACUAGUCGAUGUUGCUCUGGGGAUCCUGAUUGAGAGCCACAAACAGGAAAUGCCCUGGAAGCAGCUGUCUCAGGGGGGCUCAGAUAACCCAGAACGCUCCCCCACCUGCUCCACAUCCCCUCACACCAGUUCUGGGAGCAGCAAUGAGGAAGAAAACAGUGGGAAAGACACCCCUUCCCCGGGCCUCGGCCCCUCCCUGGGACCGGGCGUUUCUGACUCUGCCUGCAGCGGAAGCCCGGAGAAGGACGAGGAUGAGUUAAAAUAUGUCAGGGAGAUAUUUUUCAGCUGAGGAAUGAACUGUUCACUGGACUUGAUGCUGAGAGCAGCUGGAGGCAGCUGGAAUUCCACAGGGGCUGCUGGGGUGGUCUCUGCUCCCCACUGUGUACCACCUUGGGCCUGGCAGAUUCACCUCCAACCAGGAGCCCCAGGAUGGCUGGGCCUUGUGGCUGCCUUUUAGAGUGUGUGAAAGCAAGGUUUCAAAUCGUGUUUCCAUUGGAAUUCUCUGCACUGUGCCAUCUCCCACUCAAGAGGGUCUAGAAUCCUAGUCAUCUGUUUUACUCAGUAACAAGUUGGAGGGAAAAUGAGAUCAUAUAGUGGUCCAACGUUUUUAGAAAUACCUUUCAGAGAAUAGUGCAGCUGCUAAGUAUACUACAGUUUAGUCAGCACGAUUUCCCCUAAGGGGAUAGCCUCUUUUAAAAAUAGUUUCCAUCAUGAGACAAUCAAGGAAUGAGCUGUCAGCUCUCUAGCCAGCCUGGAAGGUGGACCAACUGCCCACAUCUCUCUGCCUUGUCUGGGAGCUUAAAGGUCACAGUGCACAGAACAGGAAGGCAAAGAGGCCUCCUCCCCCCACUGCUGUCCACUUGGUAAUGUCCACCUGGUG